CCGCCGCCGCCGCCGCCACUGCUGCUGCCGCCGCCGCCGCCUGAGAGAAGCAUGUCUGCAACUCGAGCUAAGAAAGUGAAGAUGGCCACCAAAUCGUGCCCCGAGUGUGACCAACAGGUUCCUGUUGCAUGUAAAUCAUGUCCCUGUGGUUACAUAUUUAUUAGCAGAAAACUUUUAAAUGCAAAACACCCAGAAAAAUCACCAUCUUCUACAGGUAAUUGUGAGAGUUUACCAUAUUUUUAGCUUUUCAAUGUAGAA